AUGGGAUUGCAUACGUUUCAAUGGCCACACCCAGCCGACGAAGUCAUCGUGACCGGCACCUUUGAUAACUGGAGCAAGAGCAUCAAAUUAGAGAAAUCACCCAGCGGGGCAUUCCGUAAAGAAGUCGACCUGCCAGAAACCUUCGAGAAAGUGCUCUACAAGUUCGUUGUUGACGGAACGUGGGCGACCGAUCAUACCGCCCCGCAGGAAGACGACGGCCACCACAACGUUAACAACGUUCUUUUCGCCAACAAGCACUCCAACACAGCUCCUCGCGGAGUGGCUGUGAUGUCCGGCGUGACCCCCGAAGCUACCACUGCCGGCCUUGCAGGAAAAGUGCCCUUAGAGUCCGAUAUGUCCAACUCCGCGCAACGGAGGGUAUCCCAGUCCGAGAUCAGCGGUCCGGGCGCCUUUACUAUGUCCUCUCUCGCCCCUGAUUCUACGACCGCAGAGCUUGCCAAGGAAGUUCCGCUCGAGCCUACGGCGGGCGGUACCCCCGGUGGAUUUCCAGAAACUCCAGGACCCGACGAGUCAGUAUCGGUCAACCCUAUCCCAGCCACCAAUGGCAUCGGGAACCCCAUUAAUCUCCAGCCGGGCGAGAAGGUGCCCAACGUGACUGGCAUCACAAACAACACGAUUGCCUCUGGGGUCACGACCGAUAUUGGUGGAUACGAGCGGGAUGCAAGCGACCCCUCUAUGGCAGCCUUGGCAGCAAACCAAGGCACUAUUGGCGACAAACCAGUCCAAAUUAGCCCCGCUGUCGGUGGUGCGGUCCCAGUUAUCCAAUCUGCUGCUCCCGAGUCGACGACCUCGGCACUGGCAGCCAAUGUACCUCUGGAGAAAUCCCACGCGCUCACCCACGAAAAUUCCCACGAACCAGCCGACGAGGUGCCUGAUGUGGUGAAGAAAUCGCUCAGCGAAGCGCAUCAGGAUGCGGAAGCGGCAGGCUUCACAGACGCUCUGGAAGAGAAGAAGGAAGUGGAACAGGAAUUGCUGCGAGAUGUCAAGCGCGACGACUCGGCGGGCAAGCCAGCUCCUGGGCCCGCUCCAGCCAUCGCCACGGCCAUCCCCGCUGCGACUGAGUCUCGUGCCAAAGCUACGGAUAGUGGAAACGUGUCGCCCAUGACUCGCGAACCCGCGGGAGACUCCGCCGCUCCUACAUCCCAGCUGCCGCAAGCUACCACGGCGACUGAGCCAACCGGGGCAGCAGUAGCAGCAGCACCCGUUGCAGGCACAGCAGCCGCAGACACCACGGCGCCCGCAGCCGCCCAGACUCAGCCCCAGAGCACGGCUCAAGCGGCGGCGCCGCCGCCGUCGCAGGCAGAAAGCGCCGAAGCCGCGAGGGAGCGGAAGAAGAAAAACCGCCUGAGCGGGUUCUUGAACAAGUUGAAAGAAAAGCUCAAAUAG